AAAUAUCUUAGGGAUUAGAACAGACCUCUGCAUAAAUCAUAUCAAUGUCUAUGAAGUAUUCGGAGAUGGUGAUGGCUAAGUUGGUGACUUCGAUUCUGCUGUUGGAGACGAUGGUGACAAGUGGUUUCAGGAUAGGACCGGAUAGUCUGAGCGUGGAUUACUACGUAUUCAGCUGCGCCUUUGUUGAACCUAUUGUUAGGAACAUUGUGAACGAAGCUUUGCAGAAUGAUCCAAAGCUAGCAGCUGGUCUUAUUAGAAUGCACUUCCAUGACUGCUUCAUUCAGGGAUGUGAUGGGUCGAUUCUGAUUGACUCAACUAAGGAUAACACGGCAGAGAAGGAUUCACCAGGAAACUUGAGCUUGAGAGGCUACGAAGUCAUUGAUAGGAUCAAAGAAGAGCUUGAAGCACAGUGCCCUGGCGUGGUUUCGUGUGCUGACAUUGUCGCUAUGGCAGCUCGCGAUGCAGUUUUCUUUGCUGGUGGUCCGUCCUAUGACAUACCAAAAGGAAGAAAGGAUGGAACCAGAUCCAAAAUUGAAGACACAAUCAACCUUCCAUUCCCCACCUUCAAUGCCUCUGAACUUAUUAGAGUGUUUGGCCAACGUGGUUUUACUCCCCGCGAGAUAGUCGCUCUAUCUGGAGCUCACACACUCGGAGUGGCAAGGUGUGCGUCGUUCAAGAACAGAUUAAGCCCAGCAGAUCCGACGUUGGACUCAGAAUUUGCAACCUCACUGUCCAAGACAUGUAGCGCCGGCGACCAGGCGGAGCAGCCGUUCGACGCCACGGAGGACAUCUUCGACAACUUGUACUUUGAGGCCUUGACGAGGAACAACGGCCUCCUAACCUCCGAUCAGACGCUGUACAGCCAUGCAGAAACCAAGAACUUCGUCGACGCCUACGCGUUUAACCAGUACCUGUUCUUCUUCGAUUUCCAGCAAGCCAUGGUCAAGAUGGGUUUACUUGACGUCAAACAAGGUUCUAAUGGCCAAGUUCGAGCCAACUGUCGGAAAGUCAACUAAUCUUAUAAGGUCUCGGCCGGAGACGACAAUGGUUUCUCUUUGCAACGUUGUAGUAUUUGUGAUUGUGAAGAAGCACUGUAAUACUUUAUUGUUGUUCCCCAUAUAUGUGUUAGAUAUGGUGUGAUCUGACUCUAUGCACUUGAAUUGUUUUCUUUUAUGACCUAGGAUUUAUAUAUAGUUAGCUUUUAUUUU